AUGGGGAAAUUACUGAAGCCAGGAAAAGUUGUUAUCAUGCUGAAUGGACGUAGAGCUGGAAAGAAGGCGAUCAUCAUUAACACGUAUGAAAGCCAAACGAGGGAGAGACCAUACAGCUAUUGCCUCGUUGCUGGAAUAGAAAAACACCCCUUGAAGGUCACCAAAAAAAUGUCCAAGAAGAAAAUUAUGAAGAGAUCCAAGGUUAAGGCAUUUGUAAAGUACAUUAACGUGAAUCACAUUCUCCCGACCAGAUACCAAGUGGCCAACGACUUUGACAUCAAAACGUUAGCAUCGGAGGAAGUUUUAAAAUCCAAGAAUAAAAAGAAGGAAGUUAAAAAGUUGGGAAAAAUUUUCAGAGAUAAAUUCUUAGACCCAAUUAACAAAAAAACCGGUGAAGUCUCCAAGGACAUUUCAUUUUUGCACAAGAAAUUAUAUUUCUAA